GUUACGCCUUCUUGCCGCGAGAGGCUGUCACCAAGUUCCUGCUGGGUUGUGUGGAGUGUCAGCGGCGGUCUGACGUCGACCUGUCCACAAGCGACAAGAGCAAGACCCCCUCGACACCGACAAUGACACCCAAACACACCAACGACACCAACACCACACUCGGCAACACCAACGAUAGUCACCUCUCCCCCGCGUGCGAUCAGACAGUACCCUCCAGCAGCAGCUCGGCCAACCCGUGCUCAGAGGCGUCGCCCCCCAGGCCGCGCAACCCCGACACUCUCCACUCUAGCACCCACGAGUUCUCUUGCGACUCUAGGUCCAGUUACACCCAAGAUCUCGCUAACAAAUUCGAGCCGGAGAGCCCUCUGAUGACUAAUUUUAGGCAUUCGAGUGACGAGUCCAGAACUAACUCCUCGGGUCACGACACUCUCGAAGUGAUAAAACCGGAUAACGCGAUCGAUUCUUUUACCGAAACCCCGAAAUCCGUCCCUGUUCCCGUCAAUCUGAGCAUGAUUAGGCGUAGAAUACCGCUGAACCUGCCGAGUUUAGAGUCAAAAUAUUCGGAUAAAAGUUGUUCCGUGAUUAAAAAGUCGGGUUACGCAGGGUUCAGCCCCGAUAUGACUAACUUGGAACACAAUUUACGCCUCAGUACUUCCACACCCGACUCUAACCGCGGUCAGUCCCUCAGCGGCAGUGACACGACCAUCAGUAAGUCCUCCGACUGUAGCUCCGGGGUCGAGCUUUCCCCUAUAGAACCCGAGCAUUUCCAAAAACCGUACCCUAAGAAAUUGUACACUAUACACCCGACCACGUUCGAGACAAUUAGGAUACCCUUGAAACACACUGAGAUCAGUAUUUACUAUGACAAGAACAAACCUUACAUUAAGCCCAAAAAGAGGGUCGAUGCAGACUCGCCGCUGGAUGCUCCUAUCCUCUCCACCUACCUCCGCUACAUGCGUAACCUAGGCUACCCGGACGAGGAAUCCCUAAAGUUGGAUCCUGAAGCGGAAAUACGGUCAACCCCAGAGCCGGAACUGGCGGAUGACCACUAUCAAGGGAGGAAUGGAGAUCUGCGCUUGACGGGAGAGGGCAGCCCAGGUGAGGACGGUGCUGGUGUUUGGUCCUACCACAGCUCUCUGGGGAACAAGAAACCCACACCACCUACACCUAGAGACAUACCUAGCCCUGCCACUCUCCAGGAGACUGGUUCAGUACAUGAUGAGACUUCCUCUAGUGGUAACAAGGAGGAUGAGGAUGAUGAUGAGGAGGAAAUCGAUGAUCUCAAAACAAUGCCUCAUGAUCCAGAGAGGUUAAAAGCCUUUAAUAUGUUUGUUCGGCUAUUUGUUGAUGAAAAUCUGGACAGAAUUGUACCUAUCUCAAAACAGCCCAAAGAAAAAAUUCAAGCAAUCAUAGAUUCUUGUACAAGACAGUUCCCAGAGUUUGCAGAGAGAGCAAGAAAGAGGAUACGAACUUACCUCAAGUCUUGUCGAAGAAACAAGCGGACUCGGGACACUGCUUGGCCUGAAUCGAAUCGCCCUACCCCUGCUCAUCUCACGUCUGUGCAAGCGGAGCAGAUCCUUGCUCAAGCCUGUGAGAACGAGAGUCACAAUGCCAAGAGGAUGAGGCUUGGUCUCGAACCUAUCAGUCAGCCUGCACCCGCCAUCCCGGGGAAUGAGACUCCACCGAGUCGCCCAGCCCAUGAAUCAUUCUCCGCAGCAAACCUGGCCUCCAGUGCUGCCAACAUGGAGAGGGAGAGCAACAAAUCCCAGCACCCUCUCCACCUCAACAAUAACAAGCCAGACAGUCCCAAUCUGGCUAAGGUGUCAGAGCCUCCACCUGCCCCUGUCAUUAGCUCCAUUACCAGCAGUCCCCUGAAUGGUGCUGCCACAUCCACUGCCCCCACUCCCCUUUACAGACCAAACUUUGGCCAAGCAUUCCAGAGAGCUGCAGCACCUCAGCCUCCAUUCCCUGGUACUCAUCUGUUCCCAACACCUCCUUUUGGAGUUGGAGCCCCCGGCAUGAUGCACAAUGGACCAACAGACCUGAGCAUGAAGCCAUCAAAGCCUCUUCUAAGUCAUAAACUGAACCCGACAGAGAUGGCUGCUGUCAGACAGCUGAUCACCGGCUAUCGAGAGUCAGCAGCAUUCCUGCUCCGCUCAGCUGAGGAACUUGAACAGCUGCUGCUUCAGCAACCGUAACAUUCGGUCUUCCCCUUCCUCUACUAAAUGCGCCAGGAAGGGGCGGAAUGGACUCUAAUAAACAUACAGAGCUGGGACUGAUUCCUAAAUUUCAUUGGGCGUCAGUACACAAAGCCUUGAUUACUGAAAAUAAUUUUUUUAACCACAACAUUGAAUUCUUGUGUGUAUUACAAUUUACUCUUCCACUUUAAAGAGUUCAAUGUAGUAUAUAACUACACUAGUCAAUUUCUAUACUUUUGUACCCUUAUCUUAAAAAAUUUAAAAUUGAAAUUAAUAGUAGCCUUAUUUAUGGUCACAAUAUUCUUGUCAUUAAAUGUUUUCUUACUUUAAUGUGUAUCUUUCAAGUAAGGGGUUUUAUAACUAACCUAAUUAAAAUAAUUAUUUAGCAAUCACAACACUUAGCACAAACUUACAAGAAAAAAUCAAAGAUUAGUCAAAUUGUUAAAUAAUUUACAUUUCUUAAACUAAUUUUAAAAACUGCCUAUUUUUAUGACUGCACUUUGAUUGAUACUUUUUAUGAUUGUAAUUUUAAAAGGUUAUAUUGAUAAUGAUGUUAAAAAAUUUACUUUUUAAUAUUUUAAAGAUUUUACUAUUCUUAUUAUUCAUAACAAAUUGAACUCUGUUUAUGUAUCAAUACGCUGACCUAUUUAUUUAGUAUGGUAUAACACUUGUAUUAUGUGCGAUUUUUAUACUAUUUUAAUUUGCAAACAGUUUUUUAAUCUCUUUAUUAUCCUAUGGUGGGAGGAGUGAAAUCAUACCAUCUUACUACACAUUUGCUGUCUUAUUGUUUUUUGUGAGUAAAAAAAUUAUUUCCAGAAAUCAAGGUCUUAGCAAAACAGAUGGAAAUAUUUCUCAAUACAGUGGAAUUUGUGUCAGCUUUAACUUGAACAAGUGACUAAAUAAAAAAACCGGACUAAUUGUAAAUGAGAAGAAAACAACACCAAAAGACUGUUUAGGCUCUCUGGACGAGUGUUCUAUACCUCAGCACGACUGAUACAUUUUCUAAGUUUUUGUUCUGCACAAAAUACCCAAACGUCACCAAACCAUUUAGUUAUGUUUACUCCUUCUACUGUUUUAUUGUUAUUUUGUUUAUAGUUUAAAUUUAGUUUUAUACAUUUUUGUUACUUCUCUAUAAGUAUGACUCAUAAUAAUAUGUUGGUGUUAUUUCAUACUGAAAUCAAAAAUAGCUGUGUUCAAGUGGAUGUUUUAA